AUGGAGGGCAGCCGCGCUUCUCCCCGCUACGGAUCCAUGGAAUCCACCCGGUGGCCGCCGGCCGGCGCGGGGCCAGAGGACGAGAUCGUGUCCAUGGCCGACUCCACCACCACCAUUGAUGAGAUCGAGGGAGAGCUCUUCAGGAUUGAGCGGAUCCGGGAGAUUCUGGUGCGCAGGGAGUCAGAGCUGCGCUACAUGAUGGACGACAUCCAGCUUUGUAAGGAAAUCAGCCGGCUGAAAACAGAGCUCCAGAGACUCCUGGCCCUGCCAGAGAACCAGAAAUCCAACGAGGAGAAGCAGAGGGAAGAGGAGCUGGUGCAGCAGAUCCACAAGCUGGUGGAAACGAGGGAUUUCCUGGUGGAUGAUGUGGAGUUCGAGAGGCUCAGGGAAAGGGAAGAAGACAAGGAAAUGGCCGAGUUCCUGCAGAGCAAGCUCUCCAAAAGCUACCUCCAGAGAGCAACUCCUGCCCGAGAGAAGAAGAUGACAUCAAGAGGACAGCAAACGUCAGCUCCCUACAUGAGCAAGACAGGCCUGACCCUGCUCAAGGAGUGCUGUGGCUUCACCUGCUCCAUCAUGUAG